CAUAAAUAAGUGGGGCGUCAAAACAACAACAUGAAGGAUGAAAAAUUCAGAGCUACCCUAGAAAGACGGUGGCAAUUCUCCCUAUUGAUGUGAAAGAACUCCUUUUGGAUUUCCUGACCAUAUAAAUCUCGUCUUUGAAGCUUCAGGAGGUUUUCCGUGAUGCGGAGAGGGAACAGGUGGCGUCACGUGGAAAGAUCACUGACGCUGAGCGUUUUGUUGUCAGCGGUGCAGCUUGCGCAUGCGUAUUCUCUAGAUGACUGCAUCAAAAACGUCAACCGACAAUUCAUAAAAACACAGGGGAAAUACCUUCAUGGAUUCAAAUUCGACACGAUUUUUGUAAAGAAGCCACUCGAUUGCUCUUUCAAAUGCAUGGACCAGAUUGAAUGCCAAUCAUUCAAUUACCAAUUAGAAAGCAGCACGUCAUUGCAUGCGUGUGAGCUGUCAAACGCCACUCAUCGAACAUCAUCUCUACUGUCCAGGGAGGGGUACUCGUACUACGGACCUGACCUCGACCUUCAGUCCGCCGUCUGUGAUAACUGCCCUCAUGGUACCUUUUGCGUUGAGUCAUGUGACAGUGAUCGUGAUUAUGAAUGCUUAUGCAACGAGGACAGAAGCGGGCACAACUGCUCCGCAUGGAAAGCAAAUACCGCCGAAUAUGACGUUAGGUUCCCAGCUCGUAGCAACACGUCACACAUGGUGAUGGAUGUGGUCAGCAGUUUCACUGCAUUCACAGCAUGCUCAUGGAUUGCCAGUCAAGCCACUGGACCGCUGACCAUCUUCUCCUAUGCUGAGCCUGCCCAGAUCUCGCAAAUAGUGUUUGGUUGCGACAACCGUGCAAACAUGACGUCAUGCAAACUGACAGUCAACGCAGUCGAUUCUCGUGAAAUGUACGCCGAGCCGCUUGGAGGCGACUGGCACCAUGUCUGCAUCAAAUGGACCGGUACCGACGGUAAAUGGUACUUUCUUGUAGAUGGGGUCAAAAGAGGACAGGGUUCCGAUCUGAGUAAAGACCACACUAUCCCUUCUCCUGGUAAGCUGGUAAUCGGCCAGAUUCAAAAGGAGAUGGUCGGUGGUUUCGAUGCAAGUAAAUCCUUCGUUGGUGUGAUCAGUCGGUUUAAUGUCUGGGAGGAGAUCUUAAGUGAUGAGACUAUAGAAGUGUUGGCUCAGGCAUGCGGUCGAGAGACUGGGAACUUCGUAGAUUGGAGAGAAAUAAAGUAUCAAGGAAGAGCUGACGUCAUCAUUGAGUCGUCGACCUCGUGUCUCGGAUUGAGAGCCAAGAAGUACAACCACGCCUUGAACUUCAUAACUAAGUCAUCCUCGCGCUACGCCAUCGUCAACACUGCUAUGCCAGACUUGCAGUCUCUGUCGAUAUGCACCAAUUUAAAGACUACCGAUAAGACGGAAAUCACUGUCUUUUCGUACGCGACUCCAAGUGAGGUCAACAGCCUGAUAUUAUUCAUAUACGGUAAUGACGAGAUGAGGUUCUUCAUCGAUGGUUGGCACUCAGAUAGUAAGCAUAAACUCAUUCGUGACCUGACGGACGGUAAAUGGCACACUGUGUGCCACUCGUGGCGGUCAUCAGAUGGACAGCUUAUGGCUUACAUAGACGGCGUCAACAUAUUGAAUACCAGCAAUGCAAAAGAUUCAGUCAUCCGUGGCAAUGGAGUUCUUGUUCUUGGACAGGACCAAAAGAGCUACGGCAGCGGUUUCGAAGAUGGUCAGGCAUUUCAGGGUCUUCUAAAGGAUGUGAACCUCUGGGACCGCGUUCUGACGGUUGAUGAGAUCAUUCAGAUUUCCCAGGGAUGUAGCGAGGCUCGUGGAAACGCAAUCAGUUGGCGCGACCUUAGAUUCACCUCCAGAAAGCAUUUGCCGAUUGUCCGCUACUCUGAUUGCAUAAUGGCGAACCAGUCAGACUUCAUGUUCACCAUUCCACCAGGCGGUACAGACUUCGUCCAACUCCCCAGCCUCCCCUCCCUGACACGCUUCACGGUAUGCCUGUGGCUGAAGGAGCGUACGUCGGACGAGAUACUCAAAUAUGAGGUCAACUCCCAUACGGAAAUGAUGCUGGGUUUUAGCUAUGUCGGAACCUUGAGUCUCCUUGUUGGCACUGUUUCCAGGACCGACAAGAUGAUCUACCCUAAAAAAGAUUUUUGGAAACACAUAUGCGUCACGUGGCACAACGGCGGCAAUGGAACCAGUCGUGUAUUUAAUAAUGGCGCAUUGCGCAUGACAAACAGCCCUCACGCAGGGGGCGUGAAGCUCAAGGCCGGCGGCUCACUUCGACUGCUAAACUGCACGGUAACACGCUUCAAUAUGUGGAGCGAGGUAUUGACAGACGUGGCGAUAGACGCCAUGUCCUCUCGACCGGCCUCAGAGAAAGGUGACGUUGUGGCUUGGCGUGACGUCAUGACCAAAGGAUUCGGGAACACAAGACUGUACCUCAAUCCCGAAAUCGAAAUCGAUGGAGAUGAAUUCAGGUAUCAGCUGGCAUUCCGCAGUUUAUCCACCUCCAAUCACGCUGUUUACAAAGACAUGCCCACGCUAUCCGCCUUGACAUUCUGUCUCUGGCUCAAUAUGUCGUCUGAGCUAAUAGCAGAUGACAUGUGCCCUGCUAGUUAUGUACACGACGCGAACGCUCAUAGCAUCUCCAUGCAACUUAUUGGCAACGAUAUUCGGGUCGGAAUUGAAGGCAUGUAUAUCACCAGCACUGGCGUAGAUGUGCGUGACAACGAAUGGCACGUUAUCUGUUUCACGUGGAGAAGUAUGGACGGGUCAGGAAAGCUCUACGUUGAUGGUACCAUCGUCAAAGAUGCCCUUGGUGUCUCAAAAGGCGCCAUCAUCCCAUCCGGAGGAGUUCUGCUCCUCGGACAGGACCAAGGGUCUGUAGGAGGAGGUUUUCGAUCAUCAUUCGUCGGUUUUCUCUCUAAUAUCAACAUCUGGAAGACAGCUCUUGCAGACGAUUUCAUUAGAGCUAUAAGCACCGGUUGGGGAAUGUGGAGCGGGGAUGCCGUAAGCUGGUUUCAGCUGCGCAGAGCUACCAUCACAGGCGUCCGCUUCAUCUUCAAUGGGAAGCUUUUCCUUCCCGGUGCCAUCGCACAGAAACACCGAGACGAAUUCUGCAAUGAAAAGCACGGCGCAUCGCCAAAAGAUGGCUGCAUCCCACCUCUGUACGCACUUCUUGACAAGAAGGCUGGAAGCACUAUAUUAAAAUGGAGUUGUUACUAUAGUAACGCUCUUAAAAGCACUUCGACGAAUCAGGGCUUUGCCUACGCCGGCGGGGAAUGCCGUCACACAUAUCAUAACAAGUUAGGAAAUAUGAAUGAUUAAUAGCUACUCAACGAUGAAAACUUGCCUGCUAAGCGAGCGCGGGCAACAGAGGAAGGAGGGAAGAAAAGACCGCGCUGGCAUAUCAAGUCAAUCUUGUUUAAAAAACUGUCGUUUUUCAAACUCGCACGGUCAUUUCCUGAUAAGGCAUUACAUACCAUAUUUGGGGGUCCGCUUCAUGCAUUUUGUUUUUCGCUUUUUUAUCUCUCUAGAGCUUUGUAAGUCAAGAAUUUCCACGUAAACUUACUUGCAGGAAUUCCAACUGUCGUUUUUCUAGCUCGCACGGUCAUUUCCUUAUUAGGCAUUUCAUACCAUAUUUGGGAGUCUUAUUAGGCAUUCCAUACCAUAUUUGGGAGUCCUUGAAGAAGCGGAUUUAUUUGUCAGCACUAAGAUCACGCCACAUCUCCGCAAGGCGCUGACCAAUAAAAAGCACCAGUUGAAAUUCCUUUAAUGAAUGAUUGAAGUCAGAAAAUGGUUUAGCAACUGGAAAGGGUUGGGAGACCUUUGGUAUGUUUUUUAAAGGUUGAGCCCCCGUCUGAAAUAUCAUACUAUCUUGCACUGUAAAAAAAAACUGGAUCUUCUGACAUUUUUCUUAUAUUUUUCUUGUCCCUUAUAUUAUUAAGUCCCUUAUAUCAACUGAAAGGUUUAGAAUUUCUGUAGUUUGUAGUCUUAUUUCAGGGCCGCAGGCAUAUGCCCCCUCCCCUCCCCCCCCAAGAAAAAGAUAUAUAUAUAUAUAUAUACUUUUAGAAAAUUACAAGAAAUGACCAGUAGGGGCGUGGCUGUGCCCCACCCCAAUAUUUUCUUAAUGUUUCUGCAUUGUGCCCUCCCCCUCAAUAUUUCGAGACAUGCUACGGCCCUGUAUUUAAGAAAAAAGUCACCUUAUCUUUGUGAUUGUUUACAAUGGGAUUUGUUUAAUUAUGUAGAACCGUAGACAAGUUGUUAGGAAUCGCAAUAAGAAAUAAAGAUAUCACCAAACAAAG